AUGUCGGCUUCCCCCAACCCAAAGGAGGUAGAUGUGGAACCAGGAGCGCAAUCGCCUGAUGAAGCCGAGCACAUGGAAAGGGAUCCCCAAGAAGCACACGCGCAAGGACUCGGCUACGAGUUCGAGGUGAAGGAACAGGACCGAUGGCUGCCUAUAGCAAAUGUGGCGCGCAUCAUGAAGUUGGCUUUGCCCGAGAAUGCCAAAAUCGCAAAGGAAGCAAAGGAGUGCAUGCAAGAAUGCGUCAGCGAAUUCAUCUCCUUCAUCACCAGUGAGGCUUCGGAAAAAUGCCAGCAGGAGAAGCGAAAAACGGUCAAUGGCGAGGACAUUUUAUUUGCCAUGACGUCGCUUGGAUUUGAAAACUACGCGGAAGCGCUCAAGAUCUAUCUCUCCAAAUACCGUGAAACCCAAUCUGCGCGUGGAGAGAACCAGAAUCGCCCUGGAUACGGCGCACCAGGGGUACCUGGCGAGGCAAAUUCCUCCGCCUCAGCCAACUAUCAGGGCGCUUCAGAUGGCGCCAACAAUAUCUUGAGCCCUACAUCGAUGGAGGCCCCGGAACAUGAAGCAGGACCCUAUGGCAACGUCUACCAGACCGUUGUGGGCGCCAAUCAUAAUGGCUCCGGGCCUGACCAGUACUAG